ACUGCGUUAGAAAUAAUCUCAAAUUAUGAUAAAGGUAUUUGGGAACAAGUUGGAUUUGAUGCACAGCCAUAUGAAUUCUACAAUAGUUUUGAAAAAACACUGUAUGACUCACCGUUGCUAAUAAAAAAUAAAUAUAAGAAGACCAUUUGCAAAUUUUGCGAACAAGAGGUGAUUUCAAGACAUUUUUCAAGGCAUUUAGAAAGAAAACAUAGAGAUGAACUUGAGGUAAAAGAAUUAAUGAAUAAAAAGCCAAACUCUAAGGAGAAAAAAGAUAUGCUUUUACUACUUCGCCAUCAAGGAUGUUUGGAUGAUGGAUUAAGGGGAAAAAUUAUACCUAAAAAAUACAAACCCGGCGAAGAAGUAAAUGAAAGUGAUUUUGCGUUAUGCAAAUACUGCAAAGGGUUUUUCAAGCGGUUAUUCUUGAGCAGACAUGUGAAAAAGUGUUUUGCAAAACCAUCUGGGUCUAGUGACGGAACUAAACCUUUAACUGAAUCCUAUAUAUAUAUGGCUUGCCAGAAAAAGUAUGGAGAAGUAUUAAAUAAGCUUCAAGUAAAAAAAGAAGUUUUUGAGAGAAUGCAGGCGGAUGAAAUUACUCAAACAGCAAGUAAUGACAUUUUGAUAAUUUAUUAUGGAGAGGAUUUACUCAAAAAAAUAAAAAUGAAAAGACGUUUUUCUCAUAUUUCUAACAAACUUCGUGAAUGUGCCAAAUUUCUUAUUGAAAUGAAAAAAAUUACACCUUAUGAUAAUUUAAUGUCAGUUUUAAGACCUGAAAAUUUCGACAAUACUAUUGAGGCUGUAAAGUCGCUCUCAAGGUACGAUAUUUCCCAGAGAAAUUUUGGAGCAGCAUCAUUGGCAUUACAUUUUAGAACCAAUUUGGUAAAUUUAUGUGAUUUGGCAAUGAAACUAAUUUUGAGAAAAAAAAUUCCUUAUUUUUAUCAAGAUGUUGAUAAAACAUUGAUUGAUCUUGAAAGGUUUAAGAACUUGGUGGAUACUCAGUGGGCUACUGAAAUUGGAAGUUUGGCACUAAAGGACUUGAAUGAGAAGUCGGCGAUGAAGCCCAAAUUGCUGCCAAUAACCGAAGAUAUAAUUAAGUUAGCAAAAUUAAUUGAAGAUAAAGCUGAGGAAGCCUAUACAGUACUAAAAAAUAAAAAAGAUAUAGCGACAUAUAGAAUUCUGGUGGAAACGGUACUGGUGGCUACUAUUUUGCACAAAAGAAAGAGAGUAGGAGAUGUUCAAUACUUGGAAUGGCAUUCAUUAAAAGAGCAAUUUGAGACAGAAAAUACUAUUUUACACACAGAAAUGGCUAGUUCAUUAACCGAAAAUGAGAGGAUUUUAACUCAAAAUUAUAAAAGAAUAGUGUCAAUAGGAAAAGGCAGCAGACCGGUUACAAUUUUAAUUCCAAAAAAGAUGUUUAAACAUUACAAACUUUUAUGCACACUAAGAAAAGAACCAUGGUUUCCAAUCGAGAAUACCUAUUUUUUUUCAUAUCCUGAAUCAAAAUUUUGGAUUGAUGGUUGUGUUGUUGUCCGAAAAUAUGCAAUGUUAUCCAAUGCCAAAUUUCCUAACUUACUCACAUCAUGUAGGUUAAGAAAACAUAUUGCAACUGUUACACAGCUACUUAAUUUACAAUCAAACGAAAUUGACCAAUUGGCUAAGUUUAUGGGUCAUACAACCAAAACGCAUGAAAGCUUUUACAAACUGCCUCAAGAUGUAUACCAGAUCGCAAAAGUAUCUAAAAUCCUUCAAAUAAUGGAAAAGGGCAACGCAGCGGAAUUUAAAAAUAAGACGCUAGAAGAAAUUGAUAUUGACAUGAAUGAGAUAGAGUCAGUUUUGGAUAAAGAUGAUAAAAUGCAAAAUUCCAACAUAAGCAGCACUUUGGGUAACAAAAGUGAAACCGAUAAAUUGUUGACAAACAGUUUGAUAGAAAAAAAUAAAGAAAUUGGCAGUGAUAAAAAUAAAGAUAUUAUUGAGCAAGAGGGAACCGAUUACUUAGAUAAACAGAACAGAACAAAACUUGAUAUUUUGGAGGAAGGAGAGGAAGAAAUUUCAGAUAAAGAAAAUACGGAGCAGCAAAUGGACAAAAAUGAACGGACAAAAAAAGGUUCAAGACUACGAUGGUCCCCCGUCCAAAAAAUUCUGAUGAAGAAAUACUUUAAAAUGCAAAUAAAAUCAAAGAAAGCGCUACGAAAACAAGAAUGCAAAGAUUUUAUUAAAGCAUACAGCAGUGAUUUUGAGGGAGUGACUUGGUCCAGAUUAAGUGAUAAGGAUAAAAGCAAACUAACAGGAACCGAAAAAAGAAAAGCUGAUGACGGGGAGCCCAACAAGGAUCUUAAAAAGGUAAGUUUUUUAUGCCAAACAUUAUUAAGGUACUAA